AUGACUUUCAGGUGGAGCAGCCUCUUUAGAAAAUCUGGGCUGUGUCUGUCCUCCAUCAUAGCCGCUCCUCCUCCCUCCUGCAGGUGGCUCCACAUCGGCCAGCGAGCUUCCCUCACCAAAGCCUUCUCCACUCGUGACGUGGAGCUGUUCGCUGAGCUGACAGGCGACACCAACCCCCUCCACCUGGACCCUGCUUACGCCCGCACCACCUCCUUCGAGACUCCCAUUGUCCACGGCGUCCUCAUCAACGGGCUGAUCUCUGCCGUUCUCGGCACCAAGAUGCCCGGCCGCGGCUGCAUCUUCCUCUAUCAGGAGAUCCGCUUCCCGGCGCCGCUCUAUAUCGGAGAGGAGGUGGUAGCUGAGGCGGAGGUCAGAAAGAUCAAGAUGUCGUUUGCUUUCAUCGCUGUAACGUGCUCUGUGAAGGAUAAGGUGGUGAUGGAGGGGGAGGUGAUGGUGAUGAUGCCUGAGGAUCAGCAGCAGAAAGGAUGA